AUGGAAAGAGGAAAGGAGAAAAACGUUUCCAAUAAAUUGCAGCAAACUUUCCACCAUUCUAAAGAACCUACCUUCCUUAUCAAUGAGGACGUCCUAUCUAGUGACUCCCAUUCUAGUCUUUUGCCAGAAACAGUGUGUGUCAAUACUGGUGAAAAAAUAAAGAGAAGCACUCAGAAAAAUAGACCUGGAACUGUGAUACUGUCAAAACCAUCAAGUAGGAGAAUUAUGUCGCAAAGCCACUUUAGCCCACCUGUGAUCCCAUCUCGCAGGCCUGGAUUCCAGGUAUGCUAUAUCUGUGGCCGAGAAUUUGGGUCCCAGUCCCUUGCUAUUCAUGAGCCCCAGUGCUUGGAGAAGUGGCGUAUUGAAAACAGCAAGUUGCCCAAGCAUCUGAGGAGACCAGAACCCUCCAGACCACAGCCUCUCAGUGGCAGUGGGUCCUACAAUCUCCAGGCAGCUAAUGAGGUUGCAUUUCAGAGUGCCCAGGCUCAGCUGCUGCCCUGCAAAUUCUGCAGUCGCACGUUCUUGCUAGAUCGUCUCCUUGUUCACCAGAGAAGCUGCAAGCCAAAGGGUGAGGAUCCUAGAGCACCAAACCCCAACAGUUCUGACGAUCUUACUGGUCUCAAGAAAUCUUCUGGUAGAAUCCCAGCCCAACAAAGGACUCUCAUCUGCUAUAUUUGUGGCAGAGAAUUUGGCACACUGUCCCUUCCUAUUCACGAGCCCAAAUGUCUGGAAAAGUGGAAAAUAGAAAAUGACCGACGCCCUAAGGAGCUCCGCCGGCCCCUCCCACAGAAGCCUCAGCCCCUUUCAACUGGACAGUUCACCCAAGAGGGGCCAAGUCAAGCUCAGCUUGUGCCCUGCCCAAAUUGCAACCGGACCUUUGCCCCAGACUGCCUUCUGGUACACCAGAGAAGCUGCAAAGCUCAGUCUAGUGGGCCAAGAGAUCAGAGUUUGACCUUAGGGAGUAAAGGUGGCUUAAAAGAGUCCACCAAUUCCAAGCAGCAAAGGAACAUGGCAGCACCCAGUGUAACUGAUAAGGUAACUUAUAUCACAUAA